UAUCUUUAUGUAUAUAAACUUAAUACAUAUAUCCCGCGCAUAAAAAUUCCCUUGCGAACUAUAUUCCUUCAGAUUAUUAUUUUUUCAUUUUUAGAAAGUGACAACAUAAUAUCAUUUACAAUGUCAAAGAAAGCCUUUUCUGAAUUUCUAAGAUGCAAGAUAUGUUUAGACACCUACGACGAACCUAAAAAUCUUAUUUGUGGACAUACGUAUUGCAAGAAUUGUUUAGACAACAUUUUAGUCUUUAAAGAAGACGGAAGCGCCGAAAUCAACUGUCCCUUAAAAUGCAAGCUCAGUGUGACAACUGAUAAAGAUGAUACUACAUCUUCCUUACCAACGAAUUAUGCGCUCUGUGGCUUCAUAGGUGAUAUGCAGGAAAAAACAGAUUUAUCUUCAGAACAUCAGCAAUGUCAAAAAACAAAGCAAUGCAAUAUGAACAUAAAAUGGUUGUGUCGUACUUGUGGUGCGAAAAAUUGUGAUAAAUGCGAAAUUCUUCAUACUCGGCAUCACAAAUCAUUUACUGCAGUAACUUUCAAUAAGAAGUUGCAAGAAUUCCAACCAAUGUGUAAACAGCAUAUGUCAAUUGCAAACCAAGUCUGCACAGAUUGUGAUUGCGUGUUUAUUUGUGUAUAUUGUGCACAUCGUGAACAUAAUAAUCACAGAAAAGAAAGCAUUGUUGAGUUUGGAAAGGAAACAAAGGCUGGAUUCGCCUCAUUAAUAGAUGCAUUUAAAGACACAAAAAUUUUGAUGGAGAGCUUAACCAAAAGAUAUAAUGAAGCUUUGAUUAACUUUAAAAGCGACAGAGAAAAGUUGGUUCGUGAAUUGGAAUUAAGAAAAUUGAAACGAAUGGAACAGUUUCUUGAACUUUUGGAUAGCGAAGAUAAAAACAUAGUCAGAAAAUUUGACGAAAAAGUAAAAGAAUUUCAAAAAAAUGCAAUUGGAGCAGGUUACACAGAUUAUACUAAAGGCGAAAGGGUUUCAGAAUACAUCAAUACGGUUAACUCUAAAACUCUUUUUGAGCUAGUAGCUGAAAAAGAGGAAGUAGAACGACAACUUCGUGAUUUAACAUCUCUUCCAACAACUGUUCCAGGUUUUAAUUUACAUCUAGCUGUUUUAAAAGACCAGGAUUUCUACAAUAAUCCAAUGGGUGAAAUCAUAGUUGAAGUCAAUGAUUUAAGCACAGCUAGUAUAGAUUCUGGUGCCAAAGCUAUUUAUAAAAGCCAUAUCACGAAGACUGAAAGAAAAUGUAAUCAAUUGGAAUUAAAACGUAAAUUGAUGGUGCUAGCUGGAAGUAUAAAAGAAAAUGAAAGAACAACUAGUGGGACUGGUGCUGAAAAGAAGACAAAAAGUGAUGCUGUGCAAAAAAAUAAAGCGCUACAUAAAGGUGCUUACACAUUUGCAGAUGUUGAUGAAAUUAUUAAGAAUGGAGACGUAGAAAUGCUGCAACAAAUUCUCAUUACUGACCCAUUUAUCGUUAAAAUGAGAGAUUCCUUCAGAGCUACACUUUUGAUGAGAGCUGCAAGUUACAACAAACCAUCAGUAGCAAAAGCUUUAAUUGAUGCUGGCAGUGAUGUAAAUGCUUCUCGUUAUGAUUUGUGGACUCCAUUCCACAUCAGUGCAUUUCAUGGUCAUCAGGAUGCUUUAAAAGUUCUUAUUAAUCAUGAUGUGACAUGUAUUAACACGGUAAAUCAUCGCAGGAAAACUCCGUUACAUUAUGCAUGCGAUAAUGGUCACGUUGGAUGUGUCCAGCUACUGCUGUCAAUUCCAGGAAUCGAUGUGAAUGUAAAAACAAUGGACAAUGACACGCCAUUACAUGUUGCAUCUCGUAAUGGUUCUUAUCAAUGCGUUAGGUUAUUGUUAUCCACGCCACAUACGGAUUUAAACGCGCGAAGAAGUAGUAGUGAAACUCCAUUACACUUUGCAUCUUCUUACGGGAAUAUUGAAUGUGUUAAGCUGCUGCUGUCUAAGCCAAAUAUUGAUGUGAACAUACGAAGCAUAGUGAACAAAACUGCUUAUCAUGUUGGAAGUACGGAUGGCAUUAAACAAUUAUUAGAGAAACAUAAAAGUAAAUAAUAUAUGUAUUACGAAAUUUAAAUCAGUUUUAAAAAAACUCCGACAGUAGUCUCCAAAAAAGGCCUUUAAGAACACCUUUUUUUGGAUACGACUUAUUCUAAAAUGUCCUAGUGUGGAUUACACUCAGAUUAUGGUAUUGCAAGCUUUCGUUAAAAAAACACUGUCUGUUACACUUACUCUUAAAAUUAGAUUUGAUUAGGCAGAACAGAUGUAGAAAAACAGAAUGUUUUUAAAAGACAAUUUACAGUUUUACACUAAAAAUAAAGUUAAAUUUGUGAUAUAUUAUACUAUGUCUAUAAUUCAAGUACUUAGUUCUAGAACAAAUAUUCACAUUCAAAAUAAAAGUCAUUAUGUUUUCAUAACUUAUUAACAUAUUAACAGAUUUCCAAUCUCUAUUAAAAUAGCCGCAUUCCGUCUGUCUGUCUCUGCGCGGACCCCCGUUGAAUUAGAAAAUGAUGUUGUGGAAACACGAAUAUCAAAUGCGAUAUAUUUUUAUCCACUUUGUU